AUGCCUUUCCAGGUAAUCAUCGCAAAAGAUGGACAUAGUGCACGAGAUGUUACACUUUCGGGGCGAUACAUGUCAAUUGUAUUGCUCACAAAGACAGUCCGCGACUCGCUCCGCCAAAAUGCAACCCUCAGAAAACCUUUCCUAAACCUCCUCCAUCACAUGUACCAGGCCCUGAACGCGGAACCAAAGCUUGAUAAAGCUAAGUCCCGACGUCCCGACGACGAUGAUAUUUGUUACUUCUUCACACAUCGCUUCCCGAACGUGCAAUUAAUAACCUCUGAAGGCGGUGCAGGAUUUGAGUUGGGUAACACAAACGUAGGCGUCAAUGCUUCCUGUGAUCGUAACAUCCAAAUUGCAUACCGGCUGGCAAAAUGCCUAAAGCCAUCAACGAUCAUCGCUACUUAUAUUGCCGUCCUCUUGCAUGAACUUGCACACUGCCUUUUGGUCUGGUGGUCACGAGGGAACUGUCAUACCCCUGAUCUUGGUCCGCUCCUAAGAGAAUCAGGAUGCUUUAUUGAGGAGGCUUUUUUGGGUGGUGUCUUGGAAGGCUGGUGGGCCAAAAAUCGAGAAGGCCAAUUCAAGUAUUUGAGGAAAAUUGUAAUUGAAACACGGUCCGGCCGUUUCUUGGAACUCGUUCGCCUACCGAACCCCGCAAUUUCGAGUCGAGCCAAGAUUGAUGCUUCGCUGGUUACAUUUACAAGUGAACACGACUCAUCUAAAUCUUCGGAGAUAGCGACAAUGCCGACCAUUCAUCACGAUAGAUGCCGCCAGAAUGUCGAGAGGCAUACAGACUACUUAACCAAUGCCAGGCCCCGGGAGAGAGGUGGUGACUUCCUCGACAACGACAUCGUAUACGACCAAGAGCUGGUGGUCAUUCUCGUUGGAAUCGCAGCCGUCAUAGUUCGAUAUGGCGUCUAG